UGUUUGCCGCCAUUUUACUUGACCAAUUCUAAUUAGGGUUUCUCUUUCCAUCUUCUUCUCUCUUACUUGAAAUGAAUUCAAGAGAUUUGGUCCUAGCUUCGACAGCUACAAUUUUUGGAGCUGUAAUAUCCACAAUCGCGUUUCAUUUCAUGUCAUCAUCAUCAAAAGCUAAAAGGAAUAAACGGUCUCCAGUCGAACUACUAGAACAAAACGGUCUUCAUAAGUCUUCAUCUCAUAGCCCUUUCGAUCCUUCCAAACGCAAAGGGUAUCUGUCAUGGGAUGAUUAUUUUAUGGCAUUGGCUUUCUUAUCGGCAAAGCGAUCUAAGGAUCCCAACAGACAGGUUGGAGCAUGCUUAGUCAGUCAUGACGGAAUAAUACUUGGCAUUGGCUAUAAUGGAUUUCCAAGAGGUUGUGCAGACGAGAAGCUCCCAUGGGCAAAGAAAUCAGUGACCGGUGAUGCAUUGGAGACAAAAUAUCCUUAUGUCUGCCAUGCUGAAGUUAACGCUAUUUUGAACACAAAUCAUGCAUCUGCCGCGGGACAGAAACUCUAUGUGACGAUGUAUCCCUGCAAUGAGUGUGCCAAAGUUAUAAUCCAGUCUGGUGUCUCAGAAGUAAUCUAUUUUGUGGAGAAGAGGUUCAGUAACGACAUAGUUUAUACUGCUUCGCAGAAACUAUUAAAUAUGGCUGGUGUUAAGGUCAGGAGACAUCAACCACAAAUGUCCCAAAUUUUACUCAAGUUUGAUGAAGAACUUUGAUUUUCCCGCUUACUUUUCGUCUCUCCAAGGUAUCAUCAUUUCUAUUGUUUUACAGAUUGCUGGGAUGUUCAGAAUCAUAAUGUCUUAUUACACUGACUCUCAUAAACUGCAUCAACAGAUGUCUUGUUUGAUGAGAUUGGGAAGGUCAAACAGAUUGCACAAUUUGAAUCUGUUGUAAAACACCUCUAUAUGGUCAAUUCAGUGUAAUUUGUCAGUCACAACAAAUGUACAAAAAAAUCAAAAUCAGUAUUUUGGUUCUUCAAAUUUUAUGAAAUUAAUGAUAAUCUUGA